AGGCAGCGCGAGCAGACAGGAGUGCGCGUAGCAAGACCUCAGUUCUCUCAGCACGCGGGAGGAGCCGGGAAGGAGUGUCUCCUGGACUGCGGCGGCGACGGCGGCGAUUUCGGCAGCAUGGAUCACGUCCUGGGGAUUAUUAUUUACGGAUACUAACAAAGAACCGCUUUGGAAAAAUGGCCGAGAGGCUGGAGUGGGUGGAGAUCAUUGAGCCGCGCACGCGGGAGCGCAUGUACGCCAACCUGCUGACGGGCGAGUGUGUGUGGGACCCGCCGGCCGGCGUGCGCAUCAAGCGCACGGGCGACAACCAGUGGUGGGAGCUGUACGACCCCAACACCUCGCGCUUCUACUACUACAACGCGGCCACGCAGCGCACCGUGUGGCACCGGCCGCACUCCUGCGACAUCAUCCCUCUGGCCAAGCUGCAGACGCUCAAGCAGCACGCCGACGCUGGCGCCGCAUGCGUCUCCCGUCCCACCAGCGGAGGAGGAGGAGGAGGAGGUGGUGGCAGUGGCAGUGGAGGGGGGAGGACAUCCGGAGACAACAGCCCCGGGCGCAACAGCGGGGUGAGCCGCGAAGGCAGCACCUCCUCGUCCCUGGAUCAGGAGGCCGACAAGCAGGGCAGCCGCGGCGAUGAGCCGGAGAAGACGUCUCCCUUCCGAUGGAACACCGGCACCAAGGAGCGCAUGCUGAUCAAGGUGACGGACCGCGAGCCCAGCUUCCUGUCCCACCAGGGCAACGGCUACUCCCCCUGCGACCCCCCGCCUAACCCCAUCGACGCCCCCGCAGGCGGCGGAGGCUGCGGGACGGGCACCCGCACCCGCCGCUCCUCCGGCGGCGGCAACCCCCCGCCCAACGCCACCCCCUCCUCCGACCCGGACGCCGGCUCGCCCACGCCCUACGGCGAGCGGCGCCAGCAGUCGCCCUUCCUCAAGCGGGCGGAGAUGGGCGGCGGCGGCGGCGGCGGCACCUACCGGCGGCCCUCGGGCUCCGACUCGCAGCCGGCGUCGCCGCGCUACGCCUACGACCCCCCGCUCUACGAGGAGCCCCCUUCCGACUACGGGGCGCCGCCUAUCUACGAGGAGCCGCCCUCCGACAUCAUGCACCUGGCGUCGGACCCCGGCUCGGCCUACUACGGCACGGCCACGGGCCGCUCGCCCGCCCGCAAGUCGCCGUCCCCGCUGUACCACUCGCCCAAGCAGGGCGCCUCGCCGUACGGCCAGCUGGUGCUGACCCGGCAGAAGUGUCCCGAGAAGAGCCAGAGCCUGGAGUACAGCCCGGCGGGCAAGGAGUACGUCAAGCAGCUGGUGUACGUGGAGCAGUCCUCCUGCAGCCCCCGCUUCCGCACCGCCGACCGCCUGCUGCGCUACGGCACCACCGGGGGCGGCGGCGGCGGCGGUGGCGGCGGCGCGGUCCCCGGGGGCUACAGCAGCUCCUCCUACGGGGGGUCCUACACGCUGCAGCACAGCCAGUCGCUCAUCCGGGACCCCCGGCUGCUGCUGGACUACGGCGGGGAGGGGGACGGCGGCCGGCUGCUCUACGAGGACUCCAUCUCCUGGUCGUCCUCGGCGCACAACCACUCCAUGACCACCUCCUCCUCCUCUUCCACGGGGGCCGGGGGAGGUGGAGGAGGAGGAGGAGGUGGUGGUGGUGGUGGGGGGCCCUUCUCGCCGGGCAGCAACCGCAAGCGCAAGAGCCGCAAGCCGUCGCUGCCCCAGGAGCUGGGGCGCUGCGGCGGGGAGGCGGAGCGCGGCACGGCGGGCACGCUGUCGGAGGCCAUGCUGGCCCAGGCGCGGCUGGCCUGGGAGGCGCAGCAGGUGCUGAAGCAGCGCAGCAGCUGGGACUCGGGCCCCGGGGCGGGGGGCUCGGCCGCCCUGGUGGUGCUGGGCGGCUGCAAGGGCGACGGCUACGAGAGCGACGGCGCGCUGCCGGGCCCGCUGCCCGGGCCGGUGGUGCGGGCGCUGAGCGAGGACGAGGCGCUGGCCCAGAGCGACGGGCACCUGCACCACCACCACCACCACUGGAAGCGCAGCACCUUCGACCGCCUCGGCUUCCCCCAGGCGCUGCUGGAGAAGAGCCUGUCGGUGCAGACCAGCCUGGCCUCCCCGGAGCCCUUCCUCCACCCCUCCCAGUCUGAGGACCUGGGGGCGUGUGCCCAAUUUGAGGCCAGCAGAAACGCCCGCAACAUGAUGCCCAGUGCCAGCUGUGGCGUCUUCCCAGAGUUCACCCUGAGGAAGCCGUCCUCCGAGACGGACAUCGAGAACUGGGCCUCCAAGCACUUUAACAAACACACACAGGGUCUGUUCCGGAGGAAGGUGUCCAUCGCCAACAUGCUGGCGUGGAGCAGCGAGCCCAUCAAGAAGCCCAUGAUCGUCACGUCGGACCGCAACGUGAAGCGGGAGGCGGUGGACAUCUUCAAGCUCAUCCAGACCUUCAUGGGGGACCGGCGCUCCAAGACCGAGCCCCUCGUCGUGGCGCUGGAGGUGGUGGUGCGCGGCUGGAGCAGCCAGGGCCUGCGCGACGAGCUCUACAUCCAGCUGUGUCGCCAGACCACGGAGAACUUCCGCUACGACAGCCUGGAGCGGGGCUGGGAGCUCAUGGCCAUCUGCCUGGCCUUCUUCCCCCCCACGCCCCGCUUCCACGCCUACCUGGAGGGCUACAUCGCCCGCCACACGGACCCCCUUAACGACACCAAGGGAGUGGCCAUCAGCAGUUACGCCAAAUACUGCUACCGUAAACUCACAAAGGCUGCUCUAACCGGGGCCAAGAAGGGCGUGCAGAAGCCGUGUCUGGAGGAGAUCAAGCACGCGCAGAACGCCAUCUUCAGCCCCUCCAUGUUCGGCUCGUCGCUGGAGGAGGUGAUGGUGCUGCAGACGGAGCGCUACCCCGAGCGCCAGCUGCCCUGGGUGCAGACGCGGCUCUCCGAGGAGGUGCUGGGGCUCAACGGGGACCAGACGGAGGGCAUCUUCAGGGUGCCAGGGGACAUCGACGAGGUGAACGCCCUGAAGCUGCAGGUGGACCAGUGGAAGAUCCCCACGGGCUUGGAGGACCCCCACAUCCCCGCAUCUCUGCUGAAGCUGUGGUACCGGGAGCUGGAGGAGCCUCUGAUCCCUCAUGAGUUCUACGAGGACUGCAUUACGCACUACGACAACCCUGAGGCGGCGGUGAACGUGGUGCUGGGCCUGCCGCACAUCAACAAGCUGGUGCUCUGCUACCUCAUCCGCUUCCUACAGGUGUUCGCCCAGGCGGCCAACGUGUCCUACACCAAGAUGGACGUCAACAACCUGGCCAUGGUGAUGGCGCCCAACUGCCUGCGGUGCCAGUCAGACGACCCGCGCAUCAUCUUCGAGAACACGCGCAAGGAGAUGUCCUUCCUGCGCGUGCUCAUCCAGCGGCUGGACACCAGCUUCAUGGACGGGAUCCUAUAGCCCCCCCACCCCUCCUAUAGCCCCCCCCCUCAUCCAGUGGCUGGACACCAGCUCCAUGGACGGGAUCCUAUAGCCCCCCCACCCUCACAGCCCCCCCCCUGUGACCGACAGUGUACACGACAAACACUCAACCUGUGCUACCUGAUGACGGCCCCGCGCUAACGCUAACGCUAACACCCCCCCCCACCCCCCUAGUACAGGGACAUUGUGGUGCACCAUGCGUUAUGCGUGCACCAUUAAGUCAUAGGAUACACAGACCGGCACACACACACACACGUAUUGGCAGGGAUGUCACGAUUAGAAAAAAUGAAAACAUAAAAAUAUAAAAACAUAAGCAACGCGCUCACAACAUCAAAUGUUAUGACCUGGGGGUAAAAAGAAACAUUUGCCUUUUGCCGAUUUGUUUGUAUUUUUUUUUGAAAGCUCAAUAACCUCCACUAACCACCUUUUGAUUGCACACACACACACACACACACACACAUCCGCGAGUGCAUGCAUGCCCCCUGGUCGCAUUAACACAUUCACAGAGACACACAAACACACACACACACAGCCGUCUGGACCACCAAACACACUGCCUUCUUCAACAAAACACCGGUGUGCUUUUGACCACAUUUUUUUAACCCACCCAGGAAGAACACAAAAAAAAGAACUUCAAACCAGUGUGAACUGAAUUGGGCUGAGACCAGAGCCAGGAGGAGAAGGGUGGGUGAUGUAUGGUGGGCUCAGGGGCGGGGGGGGCCCGUGGCUCUGUAUCCCGAGGGCACCCAAGUAUGAAGGUGCCGAGGCAAUGUCCUGGCCGACACACACACACACACACACACACACACACACACACACACACACACACACACACACACACACACACACACACACACACACACACACACACACACACACACACACACACACACACACACACACACACACACACACACACCCCACAGCUGGUUCUUGCUGAAGUUCAUGGUGGUCACGAUCUGUCAGGCUGCAGCGUCACACACUUCAUCUGGAAUGUUUUCUGAUUGCCUCUCACUGGCACACACACACACACUGACGCACACAGUCAAUACAACGAUUGAGGAGGGUCGGAGUACUGCAGAACCGCGAAUAAGGAGAGGAGUAAACGAUGUCCACACACACAAUGGUAUUUACAUGGAUGAAGGAAUGGCUAUUAUAGGUAUUGAGUGAUUGACGUUGACCUCCCCCCCAGCCUUCAGUGUACCGGACCAUUGAUGCCCCCAACAACCUCUAAACCCCCCCCCCCC